CCAUCGCCGUUUUUGCAAUUGUGUCGAAAUAAUAUUGUUAUUGAAAGUCUCCAGCGGUUUCCAUCGUAGUAUGUCUCCGAGCAAUGUUGUGCAUUUUUACCAACUAAAGCCUAUUACCGAAUUAAGUUGUUUGUAUGUUAGCCUGGCGUUAGUUAACGUAAAAUCAUGUUUCCUAAAUGUAUCCAAUCGAAGCAGUUGUAUUCUGCUUAAUCUAUGUUGCACUGUAUGGCCUCUGUCGAUACGAAAGGCAGCUAAAUGGUAGUAUAUUGCUGUGUUCGCAACAUGCAGUUCAAACGCCAUUUGGUUUGGUAGCUUAGCCUGCUACACGAUGGUAGCCCCGCAUGUAAGUUAACGUUCGACUUAACCAUUUAGUCGAGACCCACUCGCGUGGUUUAAAUGCACAGGAGCAGUUGUGUUUAGUCAAAAUCAUAGCUGUUAGAUAACUUCGUAAAAUAGUUUUUCGUAAGCUUUUGGCGCAGUAAAGUUUAGGCGGGAAGAUACAAAAUGGAGUCCCGUCUUUUUGUCCCAUAGUAGCAGAAAUCCGAUUAGAGCCCGUAAACACCCGUGUGCUUUUGCUUCAGCUAACACGUCACUUUCAUCAAUCCGUUUCAAGCCAUUUGCUUAAUAUAUUAACGGUAUAUGUUUACAAGUGUAAGUUUAGUUAUUGGGCCGAUAACUUACAAAGUGAUGUAACGUUAUAACCGUAACUUAACAUUAUACAACCUCACGCAUUUGCUAUGAAGUGGGUUCGUAGUAUCAUGUGACUUUUUUUUUUUUUUUUUUUGCAUGUGCUCUAGAUCAAUCGCAGCCAUGACAAAGGACCCAAAUAAGCCAAGAGGAAAGACCUCAUCAUAUGCUUUCUUUGUUGCGACCUGCCGCGAAGAGCACAAAAAGAAACACCCAGGGACCAGUGUAGGCUUUGCAGAGUUUUCCAAGAAGUGCUCUGAGAGAUGGAAGACUGUCUCAGCCAAGGAGAAGGUGAAGUUCGAGGAUAUGGCUAAAAACGACAAGGUCCGGUAUGAAAGGGAGAUGAAAACGUACAUCCCUCCUAAAGGUGCCCCCAGCAAAGGAAAGAAGAAGAAGGACCCUAACGCACCUAAAAGACCACCUUCCGCUUUCUUCGUUUUCUGCUCUGAUCACCGUCCCAGAAUCAAGGAGGAGAACCCUGGUAUUACCAUUGGUGACAUUGCCAAGAAGCUUGGAGAGUUGUGGUCUAGACAGACUUCCAAAGACAAGAUUCCUUUUGAGGCCAGGGCUGGCAAACUGAAGGAAAAAUAUGAGAAGGAUGUUGCGGCAUACAAAGCCAGAAGUGGCCUGGGGAAGAGUGAUGCUGGCAAAAAGAGUGGCCCAGGCAGGCCCGCUGCCAAGAAAGCAGAACCAGUUGAUGACGAUGAUGACGAGGAAGAGGACGACGAGGAAGAUGAUGACGAUGACGACGACGACGACGACUAAGUGGUCUAUAUGUUAAAGGUUGUGAAUUUUGCAAUGCAUUGUUCAGAUCAAAUUUUGUGUGGAUGAUUCAAACGGUAUAGCCUGCUGUCCCUGUUGGUCUGCCUCUAGGAUACCAGACCUGUAUUCCUUUUCACAUUCAGGGAUUUAGUUUUUAUUUUGUAACUUAGUCCCCAAAUUUUUUUUUUUAAACGUUUUUUUCUGCUGAACUCGUUUGUUACAUCUAAGACCCCUCAUUGCUAUCGUAACGGGCAGCUAGAUAUGAAUUUCCUGUGAAAAUGUACUGAAACUCGUGUACAAGUGGUGGACAGCAGCAAAUUGGUAACGUUUUAAAAAAAAAAAAAAAAAAAGUCUUGUUUUCUGGAAGCACUGCUCGUUUUCUGUUUAGUGGUGCGGUUUCUUCACUGUCAUUUUUACUACCAAGAGUUAUCUGUAGUUUGAUUAAAAAUGUUUGAAGCCAUUUUUAGUGUGGAACUUUGAAAACUUUAACGUAGAACUUUUUUUUUUUUUGUAAUAAAAUUUUGUAUAUGA